UGCAGAUUGCAGCUUAUUAAUUUUUUUUUUAAUUAUUUGUUUAAAAUGAGUCUCUUGCCCCUUGAAUUUCCUAUACUCUGUAAAAUAAACAUAAAAUAGAGAAAUAACCGGCUCAUGAAAAAGUAGAUUUAAUAUAUAAAUGGCAACACUGGUUUCGACUGUACAAAGGAACCUUCCAGGGGGUUUAGUUUUACGUGUGGGAUCCCCCGCCAUUUUCAAAAUAAUUGCUGUGGUGGUAUCCUCAACUUCUAUUCUUCUGCACACAAAUUUAGCAAAAAUGGAUACUUUCUCUAAAUUUAAACUGUACAGGAAUGUAGAAGGGAUUUUGGAGGACUUAAACAAGUACAAAAGUCUUAAGCCUGUUGAAGACCUGCUAAAGAUCUAUAACAAUGCCCGUGCCAAAUAUGAAAACCACCGAGAAGAAAGACAACACCCCCUGAUUGUUUUAGAAGGUCUCGAUGGAUCAGGGAAAUCUUCAAUGACCCGAACACUGGCAAAAAAGUUGCAUGGCUAUAAAUGGCAAACCCCUCCAGAAUCUGUGAAAGCUUUAAGAGAAUAUUUUGACUAUAAUCCGGAUCUACGUACAGCCUUUUACUCUUUAGGAAACUACAUUGCUGGCUAUGAGAUUGGUUGUCUUUUACAUGAAAAACCAGUAUUUCUUGACAGGUGUUGGAAUUCCACAACAGCUUUUGCAUUAGGCCAAUCUGUCGCUAGGGAUCCGACUAAUCUAACUCUCCCAGAAGAAGGAGAUGACGUAUAUAAAUGGCCUGACGAUCUUUUAAAACCUAACAAGGUGAUCCUGCUGCAGGUCAGUGAAGCGGUAAGACUUGAAAGACAUUCCAGGAGAGGAGCGGAAAUGGUAACUCCUCAGGAAAAACUUUUAACAAAUGACAAAGAGUUUAGAGACAAUGUGAUUCGAGCAUAUAAGAAUAUGAGGGAUCCUAAGAUUACUUUUGUGGAUGGUGACAAGGAUUUUGGGAAGACAUUGUAUAUGUUGAAGAAUCUCGUUACACCUUUACUAAAAACUUAAAUGUUGUCACAAAUAUUUAAUUUAAAAACAUAAUAAUUUUUUUUUGUUAUAUUAUAAAUAAACUCUGUAUUAGAUAAAUAUAGGUACAAUGUUUUACAAGAUA